AUGACUGAGUCAAAAACCGAGAGCUCGCAGCUCGCCGAUGGUAAUCAUAUCCCGAUUAUCGACCUUUCCACUUUAGAUAGUCCAGAUUUCAAUGAGCGACAGAAACUUGCUCAAUCAAUUUAUGAUGCUUGCACUCAGGUUGGCUUCUUUUACAUAAAGCACCAUGGAAUUCCAGAGGACAAAAUAGAUGGCAUACACAACUCCGCAAAGCAGCUCUUCGACCUUCCCGAGGAGCAAAAGAUGAAGUUCUACAUUGGAAACUCCCCCAAAUUCCGCGGCUACAGUCCUAUAGGUGGCGAGAAAUCCACAGGGACAGACGAUGAUCCCAUUUCCGAAGAAGAUGCAGUCAGUGCUCUCUCCGAAGCAUUUGACAUUGGAUACGAAACUGCAAUGGACCCUCAAAAAUCGAAAGAUGACCCUCUUCCUCGCGAUCCUUAUGGAUUGUAUGGAGAUAACCAAUGGCCCGGCCAAAAUUUACUUCCAAACUUCCCAGAGACUUACAUUGAAUAUUGUGCGAUGAUGCUAGAGCUCUGCCGAAAGAUGAUGAGAAUAUUUGCCCUCGCUUUAGGCUUGCCCGAAGAACACUUCGAUUCCAAGACUCGGAACCCAGGGGUCACAUCUAGGAUGAUGCAUUACCCGCCUCAGCCGGUGAAGGAAGAGGUUCGUGAAGGGCUGGGGGCUCAUACGGAUUUCGAAUGCUUCACUAUCCUCUCCCAGGGUAGUGUCCCGGGCCUGCAAGUCCUGAGCCACAGCGGUGAGUGGAUACUGGCACCACCAUUGCCGGGGACAUUGGUCGUCAACAUUGCAGAUUGCUUGUCAAUUUGGACGAAUAAAAAGUUCAAGUCUACUAUUCAUCGCGUGACAAACUUGACCGGACAAGAGCGUUAUUCCAUUCCCUUCUUCUUUGGAGUCGACUAUGAUACAACAGUCUCAGUUCUACCGAACCAUAUUUCGGAUGAAAGACCUGCAUGUAAAGAGCCCUUCAAGGCAGGCGAGUGGGUUCGCGAAAAGCUAUCGAAGGCAUAUGUUGCCUAUGAAGGCUAG